AUGGGAUUAGUGGAACUGCAAAACGGAAUAGAGAAACCACAAACUAUUGGGAUGCAGUUACAGAAAAGUCAACCUUACAGCCUACUGAUUUACAUUUAUUUCAACUGCCAGUCUUCUGAACACCCUGAAGAAGCCACAGCACCUCUGCUUCCACAUUUAGUGGAGCAUAUUUUGCGACUUCCCAAACCUUUUACUCCUCCAUCAUAUAUCAUCAAAGCCCUUUGGCUAGUUUUUGCUAUGUCAACAAUUUCAAACGGAACUCUAAAAUCGCUCGACGAAAGAGUAUACCUAGAAAAAGCUACACACCGCCUAGUGACAAUGUUGCAUCCCGAUCCCUCAAUCUACUAUACUCAUAAUCCAGCCAUUUUGUUGUGGGUUUUUUCGUCACAGGGGAUACCGAAUUUCCUGAGACUUCAUGUUUUAUCACAAUGGCUUCAAGUCGAGGACUCCCUUCCUGAAGAGCUGACUACAGAACCUAUAGUCUGGGAGCUAUUGUUAAACAUUCUAAUACAAAAUGAAAACGUGACAGCGAAUUGUAUGGAGGCGCUCCACGUUUGUAUAGAGGAUGGGGACGAUGAAGAUAAGCAAGAGUUUGCUAAGUUAAUUUGGUCUAGUUUGCCUGGAGUAUUGUCUAAAACGUUGAUUGACCUUUAUUUUCUAGACACAAACAUCUGCUACCUCCUAGACAUAGCCACAACCCUGCUUCCCCCCGAAAUAGACCCAGAUACAUGUCUUAAAAUCGCUGUACUCAUAACCACAAUAUUCGUUAAAAAUUCCGAACACAGCGAAGUACAGACAAAAUAUCAUUACGAAUUUGUUUGCCUAAAACUAAGUUUGUGCUUACUGGGAUUAGCAAACAACCAAAAUGAUAAUCGAGUGCUAAUGACGUACAUAAACCGAGCCGGUUUCUUAGCGAGCGUACUCGUGGCCACUAAUAGUCCGGACGAUAGAGUCGCCUGUGCAGCAUUGCAAUUGCUAUCUUACGUAGUGCAUUACUUCAACAAGAAUGAAUAUCAGCCCAAUGCGAUUCUCCAAAUUCAAACGCACUUGGUAAUAAAAUCUCUCCGCCGAGACAGUUCAAACGAACGAGGCGCGUCCCUACUUCAACUAAUAUACAUGGUGCUAAAUUCUGGUACACGAACACCGCUGGUUUUGUCCUACGACUUUGGAGACCAGGUUUCUAUGAUGCAGCAAUGUAACGCUAUGAGAGCGCUCAUGUUUAGAAUACAGGUCAUGCUGUGUUGCAGGGAAUCUAAAGAUCAACAACUCGCAGGCUGGAAAACUUUAAGCUCAGUGUUUAAUCACGCAAUCAUAACAAAAAACGAUCCAAAAUUAGUCGCUAUACUAACAUCACAACCGUGGACACACAUUCUCAUACAAUUCCAACUGACAAAAAAACUUAGCAAAGAAUUCUUAACAUUCACUCACAACUGGCUCACUUUACUCAAAAUCACAAUCACGAAGAGUCAAGAAGAGAACAGAAUUCAAAUUUCGAGACAAAGUAUAAUUACAAAGACUGCAAUUUUAUUGAAAAAGAACCUUUUAAUUGAAGACGAUGACAUUAAAGAAGCAAAACAGAAAGUUUUGGUUGUUGUAAAUGAU